AUGUCUGCUCAAAAAUUUCUUAAUAAAGCUACAAUAGAAUUUGGUAAACGUAUAUUUGGUCCAAAACUUCGUAAAGAACCUACGACAUUAAAAGAAUCGUAUGCGAAAUUUAAAUAUUAUCAAACUAGUCAUCACAAAUAUGGUUUAUUGGAACAUGAUCGUAUGUGGGAUGGAGAUAAAAAAGUCAGUGAAGCUGUUCGACGCUUACGCAUAAGUGAACCAGAAGUUUAUGAUGAGCGUGGUUUCCGUAUAUCAAGAUCUAUUAAUUUUGAUUUAAAAAAAAUGUACUUGCCACAAGAUGAAUGGACGACGUAUGAAAAUGAUGUACCUUAUUUACAACCAUUUCUUGAUGAAAUCGAACGUGAACAAGCAGAAACAAAACAUUGGAAAAAAGUUCUUGGUUAA